GAAUGGUCAGGUUUCGCUUGCGUCGAGGGCUCGGGAGGAAGGACGGGCACACCACAAACUCUCCCGGGACGCUGCUGGAUCAGUCGGCCCACGUGGCCCGUCGAUGCACUCGGCGAUGCUGCGACCGAAUCAAAUCGAAUCGAAUUGAGCUGAGUUGAGUUCUGCUCGCUCAAUUCAAUUCCGUCUCAUUUUCAUGUGAGCGACGUCUGCACCGCUGACUUGUCUCUCCUCGGGCUCUCGAGAGAUAUGGCUGGCGCUUGUGCCGCGUGCACUCCCCUCGCAACAGCUGGUUGGACUACGAAACUUUCUGUGCAUAGUGAGUCUCGACGAAGAUGCAGUGCCGAUCAGAAUGCGAGGCGACAAUUCCGCAAGAUUUCAAACUUUCCGGGCAUGAGAAUUCUUCGUCUUGCAGGAAUUGCGACAUAUAUUACUCCGGUUUUCGGUGCUCUUCGUUUCGACGGACAGUCGGAAGCACGCGGAGAACUGUCGAUCAAAGAAGAGAAACCUUCGAGCUCGUAUGCCUGGUCCGAUGCGAAGAGACCUAGAAUUUGUAUACUAGGAGGAGGAUUCGGUGGUUUGUACACAGCUUUACGCCUUGAGUCUCUUACUUGGGCGCCUGACAAGCGACCGCAGGUAUUACUGAUUGAUCAAUCUGAUCGCUUCGUCUUCAAGCCUUUGCUCUACGAAAUUCUUUCUAAAGAAGUGGACCAGUGGGAAAUUGCCCCUUCAUUUGCAGAGUUGCUUGCUAAUACACACAUUGAGUUUGUCAAGGACUCCGUGAAGGCCGUCUCACCUUCUGAUCAAGUGAGAGAAAACGGUUCUUUAGCCUCAUCGAGGGGUGCCACUGGUGGGACUGUCCUACUCGAGAGCGGGACGCGUGUUGACUACGAUUGGCUAGUAUUGGCACUAGGUGCUGAGAGCAGACUAGACUUUGUCCCAGGAGCUGUGGAGAACGCCCUGCCGUUUAUCUCUUUGGAGGAUGCCUUGGAGGUGGAUAGGAGAUUGACUGCUCUUGAGCGUGAAAGAUAUGAUUCGCAAGACAACCCCAUUCAGGUUGUGAUAGUCGGCUCCGGUUAUAGUGGGGUAGAGCUAGCAGCAACUCUGGCAGAAAGGCUUGGGAAGAAAGGCAAACUGCGAGUAGUAGACGCAGGUUCUGAUAUUUGUGCUACUGCUCCAGCAGGAAACCGGGAAGCAGCUAAAAAAGUACUCUCAGCCCGGAACGUGGAACUUGUACUAGGCUAUAUUGUUAGUAGCAUAAGAUCUACGACAGAGACAGGGAUAAGUACUGAAGGCAACGGUAAUGCCUCGAAUUCAAGCGGAGUUAACAAAUAUCAAGUGGAUUUGAAACUAGCAACGAGUAGGAGGAGAAGUGACAGUAGUCAGCUUGAAGCCGACCUUGUUCUUUGGACCGUCGGAACCAAAGCCACUGUUCCAUCUGCAGAACAAGAUAGGGAGUAUCCUGCAUUCCCUGUGAACGGACGUGGCCAGGCUGAUACCGACGAAAAUCUGAGGGUCAAGGGACAUCCUCGAAUUUUCGCAAUUGGAGACUCAGCGGGCACGAAGGACAGCUCAGGAAGAAAUCUUCCAUCUACAGCUCAAGUCGCAUUCCAGCAAGCAGAUUAUGCAGGAUGGAACUUAUGGGCCGCCAUUAAUGACCGUCCACUUCUACCUUUUAGAUAUCAACAUCUGGGUGAAAUGAUGACACUUGGGAAAACAGAUGCAGCAGUUACUGCUGGUUUUGUUGACCUCACACUGGAUGGUAUCGUCGGUCAUUCUGCGAGAAAAUUGGCUUACCUAUAUCGACUUCCUACAAAUGAACACAAAGCCAAGGUUGCACUCAGCUGGCUCGCCAAAUCGACCAUGGACUCCAUUUCAUUUGUUCAGAACGAAGUCAACAAGGCUCUGAGCCCGAAGUGAGUAAAUAUGUAGAAUUAUGCAACUCUUGUAUUUUAGCUCAGGUACAGGAUGAAUGUAGAGAAGCCAGAGCGAUGAACCAGUGACCGCAAUAGCUACAGAAUUUGGAGGAUGUGUGCGAUGGAUUAUAAGACUUCGAACAGUCCUCCUCUGUACAGACAGUGCGAAAGAGAACGUCUAAACAUGUCCCUUAUCCUGAACGAAUGGCUCCAUCUUGAUUAACUCUUGACUAGCCUCUACCAACAACUUUAAGGAGGUCAGUUGGAGAUCAAACAGAAACAAAGUGAAGCCAGUGUGCAUGAUAGCGAAGCCAGCUCGGUACAGGAUGAUAUGUCAAAGCCCAAGGGUCGGCUUGCAAUGCCUGAGCAAGACCCUGUUCAGCUCCUUUGAUAUGGUUUGUAACGAGAAAUGUACCAAAUUAUUCAGAGAUGCUUACAGUAAGCUUUCACC